GCCGUUUGUUAAUUGAAGCUUUCAGACCAUUGACACGCCGCCAUUGACAAUCUUUCUAGCAGGCGAGACAGGGAGUCCUGACCACAGUAACUGAGCUCAUUCGAGGUCGUACUGCAGGAUACCCCGCAUUGAUAAAAAGCGAGAGCGAAGCUAGAUCAAAAAUUGAUGCGAACGUGAUUGCGUUGCCAGCACGCACACCACGGUGGCGCGGAAUUGAGGGCACCCCGAAACGUGACGCAUCUCACCAUCAAGCCUCGCCGUAUAUGUUGUCACGACCCUUCUGAAUCAGGACCACUGCAACAAAUCCGCAACACUCUAUACUUAGACUUAAGUCGUAUGCAAAGUGCUUUGUUUUAAUCAAACAGUCGUACAACAAUAGUUCCAUCCAGGCAAAGCUACGAGCUCUCUAAGCAUUGCAAAAUGGGGCAUUCACAAGAUUGGAGAGACGCUGUGGCCGAACGAUGGCCAGUAGUUUCCUCUGUGGCUCUGGUCGCGUGUCUAGCUGUGUUUCUCCCCAGAGUUCUGAGACUCCUUCGCAUGUUCACCUUUCCCACAGUUGGAACGGAACUUGGGGGCCCAGAGAAACGAAGACAAGCCUAUCUGAACGGCGCCAGGAAGCUAUACAAUGAUGGCUAUCGAAAGUUCAAAGAGAGAGCCUUCAAGAUCACCACGUCGCGAGACUCCACUGUUCUUGUACUACCUCCUAAGUACCUGCCAGAGCUCAAGAAGCUUCCGGACAGCAUAGUCAGCAUGGCAGCUGCGGUCGAUGAGCAUAUGGAGGCUAAGUACACGAGAAUCGAGACAACUGUACCCAUUGUACCUCAUACAAUCAAGGCUGAUUUAACGCCAGGACUAGUUCGCCUUAACCCGGUGCUAUCUAAGGAGGUCCAGGAGGUUAUCGAUCUUGAGAUGCCUGAAUGCUCUGAAUGGACUUCUGUCAACAUCCACCACAAACUCUUGCGUAUCGUCGGCAUGGUAUCAGGAAGAAUCUUCAUUGGCCCUGAGCUUGGUCGCAAAGAGGAAUACCUCGAUGCAGCUAUUAACUAUACUAUAGAAGCAAUGGAGGUCCAACGCGCCGUCCAAAAAAUGCGACCUUGGCUGCGUCCGAUUCUUGCGAAUCGAUUGCCCCAAGCCAAGAAGCUGGACCAGAGAAUUAAAGCCGCCGAAAGUUUCAUGGAGCCUGUCGUCAAAAAGAGAAUGGAACUUGCCACGUCGCCUGACAAGCCCGAUGAUAUGCUUCAAUGGUUGAUCAGCGCUCUCGGGAAAUUUCCCGAUAAGGUCAGCCAGAACCUGCCGCGGGUCCAGCUAGGCAUAAGUUUUGCUGCUAUCCACACGACCGUACUCACAGCCACGAAUGUGUUUUAUAGUAUUGCUGCCGUCCCGGACUUCAUUCCCGAGCUCCGUCAAGAGAUUGAACAGGCUCUGAGCGAGAACGACGGGGUUUUCACGAGCAACGCAUUGCAAUCAAUGAAGAAGCUCGACAGUUUUCUAAAGGAAACACUGCGUUUCUAUCCCGCCUCGAUGGCAUCCUUCCAACGCAAAGUUCUCCAAACCUUUUCGCUCCAUGACGGUCAAGUUAUCCCUGCGGGUAUCACCAUCGAAGUCCCUGCCGUUGCUGUCAGCUUUGACCCGGAACUUUUCCCCGAGCCUGAAAAGUUCGAUCCCCUGCGAUUUUACAAGCUGAGGCAACAGGCACGAGAGGGUGGUGGUUCGGCCGAAAGCGCAGCUCUGAACCAGUUCGUGAGCGUCAGUCAAAACAGCUUGACAUUCGGUUAUGGACGCCAUGCUUGUCCUGGGCGGUUCUUUGCGGCCAAUGAGCUGAAGAUGAUUCUCUCCAAUAUGCUUCUGAAGUAUGACAUAAAACUGGCCGAAGGGUGCACAGAAAGAUACCCAAAUAUGGAGUUUGCCCAUAUGUCUAUUCCUGAUCCGCACAAGGAGCUGAUAUUCAAGAAGCGUUGAUUUCGGGGUGUGGGACUUCACUGUGGUACAAUCAGCUUCGGCAUAUGAAUUUGCAACUGAUGUGGAUGAAGUUUGCACUAUCGCACCUAAGGCCUUGUGCUGUAGGUGCCUUGUGUACAUAGAUACCCAAUAAUACCUGUCGGCGGUAGCGGAGCCUUUGUUCUUUCCAAUUAGUAUUCAUACCUUUUCGUAGUCACGUGCAACCAGGUCGCCUGUGAAGACUGAAA